AGUUUCAAUUCAUUUCAAUUUUCAACCCAAGGUAACAUGUUCCUCAGCUCCAUCCAUUGCAAGAAACAGAGACAGACAUCAACCCGAAGACGAAGCUCCAACCUGUAACUGCACACAAACACAAGACACAAGGAAUCAUCUCUUCAUCUCUCUCUCUCUCUCUCUCUCUCUCUCUCCCUCUAUGGUUCAGCUUCCAAGCAUGCCUCGCUGAACCCUAAGCGCUUCUUCUUCCUCCUCUUCGGAACUCUUGAUCUGAUCCAGAUCCCGAUCUGGUUCUGAUUCGGAUCCUAAUUCCGAUCCGAUCUACAAAUGGCAGGGGCAGCCUCUGCUCUUUUCCUGCUCGACAUCAAAGGCCGCGUCCUCAUUUGGCGCGACUACCGCGGUGACGUCUCUGCCGUCGAGGCCGAACGCUUCUUCACCAAGCUCAUCGAGAAAGAGGGGGAUCCGCAGUCUCAAGAUCCAGUUGUGUAUGAUAAUGGUGUGACCUAUAUGUUCGUACAACAUAGCAAUGUUUACGUCAUGACAGCAACAAGGCAAAACUGCAAUGCUGCUAGCCUUCUUUUCUUCCUGCAUCGUGUAGUUGAUGUGUUUAAACAUUAUUUUGAAGAACUGGAAGAGGAGUCUCUUAGGGAUAACUUUGUUGUUGUGUACGAAUUACUGGAUGAAAUUAUGGACUUUGGUUACCCACAAUAUACCGAGGCAAAGAUUCUUAGCGAAUUUAUCAAAACGGAUGCUUAUAGAAUGGAAGUUACGCAGAGACCACCCAUGGCUGUAACAAAUGCUGUGUCUUGGCGCAGCGAAGGAAUAAACUACAAGAAGAAUGAGGUUUUCUUGGAUGUUGUGGAGAGUGUUAACAUACUUGUCAAUAGCAAUGGACAAAUAAUUAGAUCUGACGUUGUUGGGGCUCUGAAGAUGAGAACAUAUUUGAGUGGUAUGCCGGAGUGCAAACUUGGCUUAAAUGAUAGAGUAUUAUUAGAGGCACAAGGUAGAGCAACCAAGGGAAAAGCGAUUGACUUGGAAGAUAUCAAAUUUCAUCAGUGUGUUCGUUUGGCUCGAUUUGAAAAUGAUCGAACAAUAUCCUUUAUACCACCUGAUGGAUCAUUUGAUUUGAUGACAUAUAGACUCAGUACACAGGUUAAACCCUUAAUUUGGGUGGAAGCACAAGUUGAAAGGCAUUCAAAAAGCCGGAUUGAGAUUAUGGUAAAAGCUAGGAGUCAAUUUAAGGAACGUAGCACUGCCACAAAUGUAGAGAUUGAGCUGCCUGUACCUGCCGAUGCAACCAAUCCAAAUGUUCGAACCUCAAUGGGAUCUGCAUCCUAUGCACCCGAAAAAGAUGCAUUAAUUUGGAAAAUAAGAUCGUUUCCUGGGGGCAAGGAGUACAUGUUAAGAGCAGAGUUCCGUCUUCCCAGUAUAACAGACGAGGAAGCAACUCCUGAGCGAAAAGCUCCUAUUCGUGUAAAAUUUGAGAUACCAUACUUUACUGUUUCAGGGAUACAGGUAAGAUAUUUGAAGAUAAUUGAGAAAAGCGGGUACCAGGCUCUUCCAUGGGUGAGAUACAUAACAAUGGCGGGCGAGUAUGAAUUGAGGCUUAUAUGAGAUCCGGUUUCCCCAUUUGGUGUUUGAAAUUCACCAAAUAAUUGUAUCAUUCAAUGAUUAAUGGCUUCAAACUGGUGGAUUGAGGAAAAGAGUAUUAAGAGUAAUUAGAAUUUAUUUGGUGAACCAUCUUUCUGUUGAUGAUAGCUGUUCUGGCAGCAUAUAAGUUGCUCAUUGUCUAGUAAGUUCUUGUCAACUGAAAAUCAUGAAUUCCCAAGGGUUAAGCCAGAAUAGUCUUUUGGUCAACCCAUUUUCGAUUGAGAAUUUUUUUUUUUUU